AUGACAGAUCAAAGAGGGUUUUAUGAAGGAAGUGAAGAGAACCGCAGUACAGCAAUCAACUAUAGCAAUCAAAUACCGAUCGCUGGUUAUGAAUCAUUGACAGAACUUGCUGAUACAGAACAAUGUCAGCACAGAGCUUUUGUUUUUGAAGCUCAAGAACUCAUGGCACUUGUUCAAAGAGUUUCAACUUAUCAAUCUGCUACUACAAAAGAUGAUAAUAUCGAAUUUAUGGCCACAAGAAUAACCUUUAUUUUGGAACAAUACCAAGAACAAUCAAAUCUAUUAGACAAGUAUCUCGGUGAUAUUGUUUCAAUGAUCAUUACACCAUUGCUCAAUCAUGUUCACGAUUCAUUCAACAAAAAAAAACUGUCUACAACUCAAAAAGUUGAUGAUCAUUGGAUUGGAUUAUGUUACAAGAUAUUGUAUACCUGCACCAAGGUGCGCGGCGCAAAGACGAUUGUCAAACUAUUUCCUCAUCAAGUACAAGAUUUAUUACCAGUGACAUUGCUCUUGGAGAAUAGAUUAAAAGAUUUUUAUUCACAAGAAAAAGAAACCAUUGUCGAUGAUGAAUCAUCAAAAACAACAUAUAGAAUCCAGUGGGAAGAGAUUUAUAUUAUAUCAUUGUGGUUAUCAUUGUUGAUCAUUAUACCAUUUAAAUUUUCAUCGGUCGAUGGGAAGAAUCCAGAGGAUGAUCAAGACAGUUUGUCAAAUAGAAUCAUUCGACUGUGCAAGAUGGCAUUGGGUCACUCAUCAAAGAUUAGAGAUUCAGUGGCCGAGUUGCUAUCAAAACUCUUGACAAGACCAGAUAUGAAUAAUCAGUUAGUUCAAUACUUGCAAUGGUGUACGUCGACAAUCGAUGGUAUUAGAUCACAAGUAGCAACAAGCGAACAAAACCUGUAUAAUAUUGGUAUAUCUACAACACUGUCUCUUUUGUUCAAGAGAGCUGAUCGAAAAUUACUACAACUCGAUGAUCACCUCUACCAACAGAUUAUUCAAUCCAUCAAAGACUCAUCGAUCGAAAGAGUCAACCAAAAAUUAUACACCAAACUACUCCAACGAAUGGCUCUGUUUAUUCUACCCCAAACCAAUAAUGCAUCUUGGAGAUACCAACGCGUUAUCAAACGUCUUUUACAAAACAAUCAACACAGUCUGUCUUCUGAUCAACAAGAGGGUGAGCAUCAACUACCACCAGAGUCUUCUGCUAAAAUCGAGGAAAUCAUCGAGAUUUUAAUGUCUGAUGGACUUGGAAACAAGGAUACAACAGUGCGUUGGACAAGUGCCAAGGCUAUGGGCAGAAUCAUCGGACUUUUGGAUCAAGAGAUGGGCGAGCAAGUAAUUGGAUUUAUUUUCACCUGUUUUGAAGGAGAGCCAGAUCCGUUUGCUUGGCAUGGUGGAUGCUUGGCAUUGGCAGAACUUUGUAGAAGAGGUUUGAUUUUACCCGACAAUAUAGGUAAUUUGGUGGAAAAGGUCAACAAGGCACUUUUUUUGGACGUUUUAAAAGGGUCAUAUAGUGUUGGCUCGUACGUGCGCGAUGCUGCUUGCUAUGUUGCUUGGGCUUUGGCUAGAACCUAUCAACCAAGUGUUUUGGAACCUUUUUCUUCGCAGUUGGCAUCCAAUCUAUUGGUCGUAUCAAUGUUUGACAGAGAAAUUAAUUGUAGAAAGUCGGCAUCGGCAGCAUUCCAAGAAUUGGUUGGAAGAUUGGGUGGUAUGACAAUACCUCACGGAAUAGAUAUUGUACAGAUUGUCGACUACCAAGCAGUUGGCAAUAGAAAGCAUUCCUAUCUCGAAAUUGCACCCAUCAUUGCUAAAUUUGCACCCUAUUAUGAAGCAAUUGUUAAUCACCUUGUGACGAGUAAGAUUGGUCACUGGGACAUUGAAAUCAGACAAUUGACUUCAAAGGCACUCAAAGAGCUCACCACCAUCAACCCAAGCUUCUGUAUUUCACAUUUACCAUUUAUUAUUCAACAAACCAAAUCCGAUGAAUUGAAUAUUAAACAUGGUUACAUUUUAUCACUUUCACAAAUCUUAUUUGGUGUUUCAAAAUUAUUAAAUAAUAAUAAUUUAAAAAGUGAUAUAUUAAUGAUAUUAUCAGAUAGAAAAUAUGAGAAAAUAUUUAAAGGAAAAGGAGGAAUGUAUAUAAGAUUGUCUCUAUGUAAAUUAAUAUAUGUUAUUUGUAUAUUAAAUCUUGAAUUGGAAACACAUAAUAGUUCUACAUCUCAAUCAAGUACUGCAAGUUUAUCUUUAAAAGAAAAGAUUCUACUUUUAAAAUCAAAAAAGACAGGGUCCAGUACUGUACCACAACCAUUAUCAGCAACACCCUCUUCAUCGUCCAACUCUUAUUUGACAGUAUUGACUUUUUUGGAAGAAAAUAUUCAACAUCCAUUGGAGGAAAUCCAAAAAGAAGCUGCCAUUUCAACUCGUAUAUUUUUAACAAACUAUAUGUCCACUCUUGAAAAAGAACAACAAUUGGGAUUGUUGGUCAAGAAAUAUUGUGAUUUAUUAAAGAAUGAUUUAAAUAGAUCAACUAGAAGAGGAGCAUCUUUAUUCAUUGGUAAUCUUCCAGAACAAUAUUAUCUCGAUCAUGAAAUUUUAGAUAUUGUUAUCUAUCCUUUAUACGAUGAAAAAUUAAAAGAUAUUGAAACAAGAGUAAAUAGUUUAAAUUCCUUAAAAAGAUUAUUCACAAUUUAUUAUGAUCGUAGUCGUAUGACUUUACAACUGUUUGAUAAAAUCUUUAGAUCUUUGAUGGAUGCAACAGAAGAUUAUUGUGUUGACAGACGUGGAGAUAUUGGAAGUUGGUCAAGAGAAUUAUCAUGCCAAAUUUUGAAUGAUUUGGUUUUAUUGGACCUCAAGAAUGGUGGUGGCCAAUCACCAAAUAUUACAAAAUCUUCCUUUUCUCAAUACUUUUGCAAGUUGUUGCAAUUGGCUGGAGAAAAACUAGACAAGAUCCGAGAGACCUGUUGUUUGUUGAUUGUCCAACUCGUAAACAAUCAACAAUUAGAAUCAUAUAUCGACAAUGCCUCAGAACUGAAGGACAUUUUCAAUGCCAUACCACCAAAACCAACAAUAAUGAAUUGGUCUCGAAGUGACAUGGCAUUCCCUCGACUUUGUAAAGUAUUAAAUUAUGGAUCUUACCGAUAUCCCUUGUUACUUGGUUUAUUUUCAUCGAUUGGUGGGUCAUCGAGAUCACUUGCUGAAGACGUCAUCACCAACAUUCAAGAAAUCGAUCGAAACCUUUUACUUGGUACUUCAUUUGAACUUUUGGGCAACUCUAUAGAUAGAACCAAAAUACCAAAUUUUAAAUCAGUAUCCUUUUUAUUUAAUUCACAAUUAUUUGAUCAAAUUCAAAAUAAUGAAACAAACGAAAAAAUAUUCUUUAAAGUAAAGGAAUCAAUCAUAGAUUGUAAUGAUAUCAUUUUAUUAUUUUCAGUUGUACCUUUAAUUUCAUACUUUACAAAAGAUAUUUUUAAUAGCAAGAUCAAAACAGAAUCAAUUGGAUUAUUACUAGGUCUAUUAUCCAACAAGUUCCCAAGAGUAAGAAAAUUUGCUUCUCAAGAAAUGAUCUAUAGAUUCGGAUCAAACAAACUAGCAACCGACUUAUUAUCAAAAACUGAAUGGGAUCAAGAAAUUAAUUUAGAGACAUUAGAUUUACUUUAUAAACAUUUUGGAAUUGAAAAUAAGAAGGUUGGUAUUGUUGUAUCCAAAAAACAAGAUACAAAAUCAAUAGACCAGAGUAAUAGUUCUCCAGUUGUUUUAAAUAUUGACAACCAACUACCAGAGGAUUCCGAAGAUUUGAUGGAAAUUUAA